AUGUCCGCCCCCAGCGCAAACCUCAUCCUCGACGCCGUCAAGGCCCGCCGCACCUACUACCCCCUCUCCAAGACCCUCCCCAUCGAGACCGCCCGCGUCGACGAAAUCGUAAAGACCGCCCUCGCCCACGUCCCCUCCUCCUUCAACUCCCAGUCCAACCGCGUCGUCGUCCUUCACGGCGCAGAGCACGAGAAGUUCUGGGACAUUGCCCUCUCCGUCCUCAAGGCCAUCGUCCCCGCCGAGCAGUGGGAGUCCACCAGCGGCAAGCUCAACAUGUUCAAGGCCGCCGCCGGCUCCGUCCUCUUCUUCGAGGACCAGGACGUCGUCAACGGCAUGCAGGAGAAGUUCGCCCUCUACGCCGACCGCUUCCCCAUCUGGGCCAACCAGUCCGACGGCAUGCUCCAGUUCGCCAUCUGGACCGCCCUCGAGGCAGAGGGUCUCGGCGCCAACCUGCAGCACUACAACCCGCUCGUCGACCAGCAGGUCGCUGCCGAGUGGAAGGUCCCCGCCAGCUGGAAGCUCAACGCCCAGCUCGUCUUUGGCGGCAAGACGGGCGAGGCUGGUCCCAAGGAGUUCAAGCCCAUUGAGGAGAUCUUCAAGACCUUCAGCUCUUAA